AGUCAGUACAGUUUGUGAGAUCAGCUGUGUCGUCUGUGCACCGAUCAUGUGUGUGUGUUGAGAGUGCGUGAUUUAGUGCAGUUUUGUGUUUUGGGAGUGUUUUUGUAUUUGUUCAGGUGUGUAUACAUUUAAUAUUGGAUCUAAAAGGCGUGAGAUCUGAGUAGUGCAUUACCGGGAUGGUUGACUACUACCGUGUGUUGGAAGUGCACAGACAAGCUUCAGUUGCUGAGAUAAAAAAAGCGUACAGGAAAUUGGCGCUGAAAUGGCACCCAGACAAGAACCCCGACAAUCCAGAUGAAGCUAACAAGAAAUUCAAAGAGAUCUCAGAAGCCUACGAAGUCCUAUCAGAUGAUGCCAAGAGGAAGGUUUACGACCAACGAAGUGCGACGCCCAAAGUGUCUACAGCCCGUCCCAACGGCAAGACAUCUUUCAGGAACUAUUUCCAAUUUGAGACACCCUUCGCUCGUUUCUUUGAGAAGAAGAGAAGAGUGUACGACCAGUACGGUAAAGAUGGGCUGAACCAGGACAGAUCUCGCGGCCGCAACAGGCAUCACCAUGACGCUGACUUUGACUUCCACGGCUUUGGUGGUUUCCCCUUCACGUUCAGAGACCCAGAAGACGUCUUCAGAGAGUUCUUUGGCGGGUCACCAUUCCAGGAUUUGUUUGGAGGUCUACCCGAUGAGGGAAUGCAUGGAUCGAGGCAGAGACACUCCCACCCUAGUAGCACACUGAGCACUAGCCUGUUUGGACCCUUUGGCCUCGGACUGGGGCUCGGCUUCGAAGACAUGUUCGGCAACGCCCACGCUGGUCUCCCUGAUGAUGGAUUUUUGGGCUCAGCACAGUUCACAUCCUUCUCCACAUCGUUUGGCUCUGGCGGGGGAAGUAAUCCAGCUGUCAAGCGAACCUCCACAUCAACUAGAUUUAUUAACGGAAAGAAAAUCACUACAAAAAAAGUGCAAGAGAACGGCAAAGAGACAGUUCUUCAAUAUGAAAACGACGUCCUCACUUCAAAGACUGUGAACGGGGUGGCCCAGGCCCUGAAAUACAGUUAGAACCAUCCUCACCUCCAAGUCGCUGUAUUUAUUUGUUAAACUUCAUUAACGGAUAUACUAAAGUCGCAGUUAUGUUUCCGCUGACUUUACUAUUGUAAUAAAUUCAUGUUCUGCCCUGUUGAAUGUUUUGUGUAGAAUGAUGAAAUUAUAGAAAUCUACAGAAAGAUACAGUUAAGAUGAAAUAUAUCCGUGUUGUUUGUAAUAUGUAAUUCUCUCAGAUUUGAUCUCAACUAUUAAAGUUUCUUUAUUGGCUUUGUGAGUGUGUACUUAGUUAGCUUGGCACUUACUACUUUAUUGCACUCUCUCAUGUAACGUCAAGUACAUAACAUAGAUAAAUAAUACAGGCAAAUCAAAGUGUGUCGUUAAAUAAAUAUAUUACACAUCAGAACGUAGAACUACCAUGGAUGAGAAACACAUUUUUAAUAGUAAAUAUUUAACACUUAAUGAGAAAGUUUGUGAAUAGAAGAUAGAAAUAGGGCAGAAUUAGGGCUGAUAAACAUUAAUUGAUUAUAUAUUGCAAUUUUAGAUAAGUUUUAGUAAUUAUUAAGAAAUCGAAAGAAGUAAUACAAUUGUAGCACUGAAUGUUUCCUACACUGAGUUAGUUGAUUUAGGUUCUCUUCACAACGUAAUUUUGUAUAUAUUUGUUUAAGCGUAAGUUUAUUUUUAUAAUGUUUGUUUAAGGUAAGUAGGAACAGUCUGGAUGUACUUUAAUAAGUAACAGUAAUUUUCUUGUCAUUGAAUUUGAAUAUUGUAGAGUACUAGCUCAACAAGCGUCGUGAUUCAACAUUGAGUACUGUCUCCUAGGUCCGCUAAUACUAGCCAUGUUUGUUUUAUUUAUUUAUUGUAGACUUUUGGAUAAAAUAUGGUUUUGUGUGAGUUUUAGUUUAGUUAUGAUUUAUUUUGCCAAAUCUCCUAUAAAAACCGAAAAUUUGAAUAUAAAGACAAUUUUUAAGAAAUGAACAAAUUUAAAAUCAAGUUUAUAUUUUGCUCAAUAAUGUACGGUUGGAUAUGAUUAUGUUUGUGGGUUUAGCACUAUUGUCCUGGUGCACAUAGGCUCACCACAGUCAGGUCUCAUUGUACUUAUUUAAUGUAUAUCAUAAUUUGUCAUAAUGACUGAAACGCUUUCAAUGCGGAAUAUUUAUGUUGAACAGAUAUCUGUUCCUUUUCAUGUAAAAUAAAAUAAAUAAUUAUUACUAGAAGAA